AUGGCCAAUUACUACAAUAAGUUCAUACCCAAUUUAGCUUCUAUCUCAUGCCCACUGAAUAAUUUACUUAAGAAAGACACCGAAUUCACAUGGUCAUUUGAUUGUGAGGAUGCAUUCAACAAAAUUAGGAAAGAAAUUCUUAGUGAACGAGUUUUAGUCCAUUUCGAUCAGACUAAACUUCUAGUACUCGUCACAGACGCGUCGUGCAGCGGGCUCGGAGCUGUGCUCUCUCACAGGCUGCCAGAUGGCUCAGACAGGCCCAUUGCUUUUGCGUCGCGUUCGCUCACUACCAGCGAAAAGAAAUACAGUCAGAUUGACAAAGAAGCGACAUCAAUCUUUUGGGGACUAAAAAAAUUCUUUCACUACUGUUACGGUAGGAAGUUUAUACUAGUCACAGAUCACAAACCACUAACGAUAAUCUUCAAUCCGUAUAAAACACUACCGGCAAUGAGCACUAUGAGACUUUUCCACUACGCACAUUUUCUUUCCGGCUUUGACUACAGCAUAGAGUAUAGAUCAUCAGCUGAGAACAGUAAUGCAGACUACCUAUCUCGAUUCCCAGUUGACAUGAUAGCUACAAACAUUAUUGACGUUAAUUGUGCCUUCCAAUUGCAACAAAUUAACAACAUUUCGAUUGACCGCCAAACGAUUGCGGAUGAAACCCAAAGGGAUUCUGAAUACGAGGCUGUAGUAGAGGCUUUGCAGUCAGGAACGAGUGUGACGCGAUACGGUUACAAUGAUAAUGAGCUGACGCUGCAGGAUGGGUGUAUUUUAAAAGGCACUAGAGUUAUGAUCCCAAUUGCCAUGAGACAGGCAGUACUGGAAGACAUACAUACGGGUCACCCAGGAAUAGUGAAAAUGAAACUCCUAGCACGAGGUUUUGUUUACUGGAAAAACAUCGAUAAAGACAUUGAGCACCUAGUUAAAGGUUGUCGUGAGUGUAGGCUAAACCAGAACCAACCAGCACGGGCACCACGCCACCCCUGGGAGACCCCUAUAACCCCUUGGCAGAGACUCCACGUUGACUUCGCGGGUCCUAUUCAAGGACAAUCGUUGUUUGUCAUUGUGGAUGCAUUUUCAAAAUGGAUAGAGAUUAUUCCCACUAAGACGACAACAAGUUCAUGGUGCAUCUCCAGAUUGAAGGAGUUAUUUGUAACAUUUGGUUAUCCGGAAAUAAUAGUAUCAGAUAACGGAAGGCAAUUUGUGUCAACAGAGUUUGAAACAUUUCUCAAAAACAACGGGAUAGUUCACAAGACUUCAGCUCCGUAUCAUCCGGCGACAAACGGACAAGCGGAACGUUCUGUCCAGACUGUCAAGAGGGCAUUGCAGGCGGCGAAUGCUUACCCGGGUACCAUACAGGAAAAGAUACUGGAAAUUAAAGAGCAAUUGAGAAGGACGCCCAGUGUCAGCACUGGCAAAAGCCCAUAUGAAAUCAUGUUUGGGAGGGAGGUGAGGACGUCUAUACAUGUGCGAUAUAGGAGUACUGUAAUUGACAACACAAGAAGCAUUCCCCAACACCCGCAGACAAGGACGUUCUCCCCGGGCCAAAGAGUACAGAUACGAAGCUACAAGAAAAACAGUAAAUGGGAAUUUGGAACUGUGUUACGAGUACUGGGCUAUAUCCACUACCUUGUCGAAACGGACGACGGUGAAACCUGCAAGAGGCACGUCGACCAGAUGUUACGGUCAGCAAUAGAAGUGCGGAACUAG